AUGACCGUUCAGGGAAUGAAGGGAAAGCGUUUUGCUACCCGAAGAUCAAGAAACGGUCUUAAGAACCGUAGGAGAGGCCUUGAAUCAAUUUCUUCAUCACAAGCUUUCGAUGAGACCGUAAAAGAUGGUGUAAGGACAGGAGAGAGGGUUAAUCUGUCUCAUUGGCCAGAACUUGAAAAAAAUGUGUUCUCCAAUUCAUCCGCAGAACUGUCUUUUGUCAGAAAUGCAGAGGAAAACUCUGUCAAGGAUUUAGAGGAAUCACUGAAAGAAGAGAGAGCUGCUCGAGCAGCGAUUUGUGUUGAGCUCGAUAAAGAGAGAAGCGCAGCAGCAUCAGCAGCGGAUGAAGCCAUGGCGAUGAUACAUAGGCUGCAAGAUGAGAAGGCGGCGAUAGAAAUGGAAGCGAUGCAGUUCCAGAGAGUGGUUGAAGAGAAAUCGACAUUUGAUGCUGAAGAGAUGGUCAUACUCAAAGACAUUUUGAUACGGCGUGAGAGGGAAAAGCAUUUCUUGGAGAAAGAAGUUGAAGCUUAUAGACAGCUACUCUUCGAGACAGACGAAUUGGAAUGUUCUUUAACAAGAGAGCAGAAUCUUCCUGAGAGUACCGAAAAGAAGGUGAAACCGGGAGGUAAGCAAAAUCAAGAUUCUCAAGAGAGAAGAGCUUUGCUUGUACAAGAAGUUGAUGGAACGGUUCUUGAUAUGCCUUAUAGAGAAGAAGGAAACAGAGAUCUGUAUAAAUCGGAUUCAGAAGUUGCGUACUCGCAUGUGCGUGAUGUUCAUAUGGUGAAGGACGAAACAGAGAACUUUGGUAAGAAGAAGAAGAAGAAGAAUCUAGAAGGUUUUUCCUUUAGCAAACCUGAAGAAUCAUUACAGGAAAAUAGUACCAUUGUCUCAGGGAUUGCUCGAAAGCUUCCUCCAUUAUGUCGUCCACGCAGGAAGUCGCUAAGCUCUUCGGGUUCAAGGAGAAAAUCGAUGUCUGCGGUUGAUUAUGAGAGGUUAAAGAUUGAGAAUGAAGUGGAAUUGUUGAGAGAAAGAUUAAAAGCUGUUCAAGAGGAAAGAGAGGAGCUUACCAGACGAGCAUCUUUGCCUUCUUUGUCAUCAAAGGUUAGGGUUACGUCAGAGAAGCGAGCUUGGAGAAGAUCUUCCAUGGACCUUCACUCUUCUUGA